CUCUCUCUCUCUCUCUCUCUCUCAAGCACAUACAUUCCAGUUACACAGUUUCACUGAAACCAACCACUUGUCAACAUCUAUCUCUGUGGAUUUCACUUUUACCUACGGAUCCCAUCUCCUACAUAUGUGAACAUUCUUCACCUGCUGAUCUCACCUAAUUUAAAUGUGGAAACUCAACUUUAACUUUUUACUUGUCUGUCACACUUUUACCUGUGGAUUUAAUCUUUAGAUCUUACUUUAACCUUCUGACACCCCCUUUUAAAUCUGUACUGCUCAUUUACCUGUGGAUCUCACCUGAGGACCUCACCUUUAGGGAUCUCACUUCUACCUGAGGGUCUGACUACUACUUGUCCCAGGAGAGAUGUCUCGUCGUGCCAGUACCUUGGACCUGGACAUUACCAGCAAGUACAGCACUUUGGGAGGGCAGGCCCAACGGCGCUCCACUACCCUGAGUUCCCAGGCUCAGCCCAAAACCUCCAAGCCAGGCGAUGUCCUUUGUGACUUCUGCACCACUCGGAAACAAAAGGCUGUGAAGUCCUGCCUACUGUGCCUGGCCUCCUACUGUGAGACCCACCUCCAAUCCCACUAUGAGUACCCAGCCUUGAUGAAACACAAGCUGGUGAAGGCUACGGGCCAGAUGAGGGAGAAGAUCUGUGCCCAGCAUGACAAGCUGCUGGAGGUGUUCUGCCGCACAGACCAGACCUCAGUCUGUGUCCUCUGCAUGAUGGAUGAACACAAGCGCCACGACACUGUGCCGGCUGGCACCGAGAGGAUUGAGAAACAAAAACAGCUGGGGUCCACUCUAAUGAAGUCUCAGCAGAGGAUUGAUCAGAGAGUGAAGAAGUGGACAGACCUUCGCCAGGCUGUGGAGUCAGUCAAACACUCUGCACAGGCGGUGUUGGAUGAGAACGAACGUAUCUUCACAGAGCUGCUGCGCUCCAUAGAGAGAAGGUACAUAGAGGUGAGGGAGCUGGUGCGAGCCCAGGAGAAGACCACAGUGAUCCAGGCUGAGGGACUGUUGGACCGUCUGAAAGAAGAGAUAACUCUGCUGACGAAGAAACACACUGACCUGGAGAAACUCUCCCACACUGACGACCAUAUACACUUCCUACAGAGCUGGCAGUCUCUGUCUGGUCCCUCUGGGUAUGAGGAUCUAAACAAUGUCACUGUCGUUCCAUACUACUCCUUCGAUGGAGCCAAGAGAGCCAUCGCUGCGUUGAAGGUGCAAGUGGAGGAAAUCAACAAGACGGAAAUCAGCAAAAUUGCCUCAGCAGUCAAAGAGGUCCACAUUAUCCAACCACUAGAACAUAUGGCACGAGAAGAACUUGAAACCAAGACAAGAGAAUAUUCAGAACCUAAGACAAGAGAGGAUUUCAAGAAAUACCUGGUCCAGCUGACCCUGGAUGUCAACAGUGCCCACCCCAACCUGUACCUAUCUGAGGGCAACACUGUAGCCAAGAUGAUGAGCGAACCCAAGAACUACCCAGACCAUCCAGACAGGUUCGACCAUUGGCAGCAGCUGCUGUGUAAGGAGGGUCUGUCAGGGAGUCGCUGCUACUGGGAGGUGGACUGGAGAGGAACGGAGAUAGACAUCGCCGUCACCUUUCAGAGCAUCAACCGCAAGGGCAACAGCAACGAAUGCAGCCUGGGUUGGAACGACAAGUCCUGGAGCCUGUACUGCUCUGAGGACAAAUAUUCCUUUGUGCACAAGAACCAGAGCACAGAUAUAGCCAAGCCCAGGUCCUCAAGGGUAGGAGUGUAUGUGGACCAGAUAAAGGGGACUCUGGCAUUUUACAGUGUGUCUGACAGCAUGAACCUCCUUCACAAAGUACAGACCACCUUCAUAGAGCCUCUCUACCCUGCCUUCAGUGUGUGGGGCUUUGGUUCCAGUGUGAAACUAGUGUAAUGAUUGAGUGGGAAACACUAAAUGGGGGUCUUGAACCAGUGACCCUAUGGUUAUAGAGAAAUCUCACUAAAUCUGUGCCAUAAAGGUCCAGACCUCUUGAAGUUGUUGUAUGCUUACAUACAGGGAGGCUACCCUGUAUGAGCAUAUUGUUUGAAAUGUACCUGUAAAUAGAUUGAUGCUCAUUAUAAAGUGUGUAUAAUUAUGUCACUACAAUAGAUGAAUUACAUUUGAAUACCUAUGUAAUUGCAGAGAGAUACAAUGUUUUAUAUUUUAUGAAAAAAAAGAGAAAAGAGUAAGCAAAUGUUUAGAAGCUUUAAGAUGAGUGAUGGGACGGAAUCUGCUCUGACAGUUCGGUGAGACCAUUACUGUUGGAUGUUAUUGGACCUUUCUGUCCUGUACUACUUACCUUUCUUUCCCUUUUAUAAUAAUCAGAUAUUGUAUAAUCAUAAUGAAUGUAAGAAAAGAGGACCCUACCCUAUGGUAUUCCCACUGGGCACACAAUGUACUUUCAACAUGGAGAAUUGGGUAAUAUUUGAUUGUGAUGUUGAUAAAUUAAUUAACAACCAAAAAUCACUCAAAAAGACAGUCAAAAGUUAAUUGAAUUUCCAAUGUGUUAUCACUAUGAUUUCAACAAUCUAAAAGCACAACCAAAUUCCAAUAGAAAAACAAUUCAAUUUUUGGUUUAGUUUGUCACCCAAAUGUCUAUCACUGCGCUUUCAACCGUUUAAAAGCACAGAAAACUUCAAA